UUUUCCUUUAUAGCGGAAGUCGAGAUGCAUUGUGGUUUAGUACGAAAUUUGAAAAGAAAAUGGCAGCACUCGAGGACGAAACACCUGCUAGUCCUCUUACCAGAUUCCAGAGAGCUGUACCUCUUAGACAAUCAAAACUUAAUUCAGGUCCUUUUAGAGCCACACAGAUUUGGAAUGAAGUUAUAGAUCAUUUGAAGGAAAAGGUGGAAUUAAAGAAGCGACGCUACAAGUUACGUAACUAUGAUGAUAGUUUCACUGGGACUGACGCUGUUGAUGUAGUUCUACACUAUCUGCUUAGUGACCAAGAUACAUUCUGUAAUCUGUCUAGAGAAAAGGCUGUUAAGUUAUGUCAAACUUUGAUGGAUAAAAAAGUAUUCUCACCAGUCGGUACUAAGUCGUCAGAGAACAAUAAACACACAUUUGAAGACAGCAGUAGCAAAAUUUACCACUUCAGUGGUGUCCAUGGAAACAAAGAGAAUGUCACACCAGGAACUGAUGUGAGUGACUCGGAGGAGGAGAUGGAGGGUCGUGAUGAAGCUUGUGAAACUAUAAUUGAAGAGCAAGAAUCAAUUAACACGCCUCCAGAACAAAUGAGAUUGAGUGGAGAUGUUGACACAUCCUUACUUGCCAGCAAUGGGGUCUGUAUUAACCCCUCUGACAUGACAGAUGAUGAGGGUGAGUCAGGUUUGUUUGGAUCCAGGAAGAGGAAGAACCUUGAUAGUUCACAGAGAGUACACAAACGUGCCAAACUCUGCUCAACACCUGCAAGCUCCUCUACAGAAUCCUUGAAUGAAGAUUCACUUACUGACGAACAAAUCCAAGACAUUUGGCGUGAGGUUGCACUUUGUCAGCUUUUAACCAUCAUUGAUCUCUCAUUCUUGGACGGUGUUCUUAGUGAGGAAAAAGACAAAGACAAGCCAAACAGGAAAAUAGUUCGACCUCAUCACAGUGGAGUUGUAUCCAACAUUGUAGCCAAACAUUGGAGCAUGCGAUGUACUGCUAGGAGCGCUUCACAUACAGAUCCUUUCAUGAAAUCAGCUUUGGAAUGUAUUGCUCACAUACCACGCGGUAUCUCUAAGUUUGAUACAGACUUUUCAAAGUCAUGUGACCCUGUGACAAAGUUACAAGCCUAUAAUAUGAUUUGUGAACAUUACAGUAUGCGCCCUGAAGCAAUCUUUCCAGAACGGUUUCUAGACUUAAACCUGGCUAUAAUGAAACUGAUCUUAUCAGAAAGAAACAGUUCAGCCUUACACGCAAUGCAACUGAAUAUGAUUUUGUUGCCGAACAGACAAAGAGAAGAAUUGAGAAGGUUGUUGAAGUUUAUGUCCAUAGCAGCCACAGACAAGGAUGUGAAGCUUGAUCAACAGUUGGAUAAUGAGCAAGCAGUAUUAAAUCAUCUCUCAGAGUGUGUGUUGAAACAUAAAGGCUUACCAUGGGAUUUGUCCUCUAUAGUGGUUCGGUUCCUGGUCCAUAAUGCUGGUCAGGUGUUCACCACACCAAGAGGAUUCAAGCAGAAAGUUGACACAAGAAUAGCUGAGAGGAAAGAGGGAAUUAUUCCAGUUGUUGAAGAAACAGUGUUUUGCAGUCAGGUAUCAGAAUCGGAGUACAAGAAACAGACAGAAGAAUGUACAAACAACAGUCUGGUGGCUAUGAUGAACACAAUUAUAGACAAUCCUAAAAUGGCUUUGAAAGAAAAGAAACAGAGGCUACAAAAAUUCCGCAAAUAUCAUCCGAACAUAUACGCUAAACAUUUCCCAGGGAUGGUAUAGUACAAUGAAGGGGGAUAGAAAUCAUCUAUGGUGCUAACGUUUUUAUGACAUUGUUGACUGUGUUUCUUUGUUGAAGAAUUUUUGCAUGCCACAAAUGUAUAUAAAGAAAUUAUUAAAUAUUACAAAGUUUGUUGUUAGUGCUGAAAUGAAAACAGUUUUAUUGAAAGUUACUUUUUUCAGUGUCAUAUCAAAGUUUGUUCAGUAUCAUAUCAGUUAUCACUGAAUCAUAUUGUCAGGUUGGUUAUAUCCAGCAGGGAUCAGUUAUUGUAAUAAAAUUCAGUUCAUUUGUUAAAUAGUUUUUGAUUGAUGUUUUAUUGAAAUGUUGUUCUUCAAUAGAGUGAUUUUAUGAAUGUGUUGUAUCAGGGAAAUUUAUCCUGUUAAACUUGACCUUAUAGUUGAAACAGAUUUUGAACAUGGUUGUUUUUUCAAACCUUUCUUGCAGUUUUUCACCAUGUACUAAAAGAAGAAAUAUACAAAUGAAUUAGACCCCAAGAAAAGCUUUACAUAAUUCCUGUCUCAGCUACGAUCUCCUUUUUUACAAGUAUAUUAAAUGUUUUUGAAUCUUCUAGAAGCAUAAUACACAAUCAUUUUAAGUACAAUAUUUUUGUGGUCUCAGAUUUAAGAGAUCUGAUCUCACAAUGGCCAGUAUUUUUAGCUCACCUGUCACAAAGUGACAAGGUGAGCUUUUGUGAUCGCCCGUCGUCCGUCGUCCGUCCGUCCGUCCGUGCGUGCGUGCGUCCGUAAACUUUUGCUUGUGACCACUCUAGAGGUCACAUUUUUCAUGGGAUCUUUAUGAAAAUUGGUCAGAAUGUUCACCUUGAUGAUAUCUAGGUCAAGUUCGAAACUGGGUCACGUGCCGUCAAAAACUAGGUCAGUAGGUCUAAAAAUAGAAAAACCUUGUGACCUCUCUAGAGGCCAUAUAUUUCACAAGAUCUUCAUGAAAAUUGGUCAGAAUGUUCACCUUGAUGAUAUCUAGGUCAAGUUCGAAACUGGGUCACGUGGGGUCAAAAACUAGGUCAGUAGGUCUAAAAAAUAGAAAAACCUUGUGACCUCUCUAGAGGCCAUAUUUUUCAUGAGAUCUUCAUGAAUAUUGGUCAGAAUGUUCACCUUGAUGAUAUCUAGGUCAAGUUCGAAACUGGGUCACGUGGGGUCAAAAACUAGGUCAUUAGGUCUAAAAAUAGAAAAACCUUGUGACCUCUCUAGAGGCCAUAUUUCUCAAUGGAUCUUCAUGAAAAUUGGUCAGAAUGUUCAGCUUGAUGAUAUGUAGGUCAAGUUCGAAACUGGGUCACGUGGGGGUAAAAACUAGGUCAGUAGAUCUAAAAAUAGAAAAACCUUGUGACCUCUCUAGAGGCCAUAUUUUUCAUGAGAUCUUCAUGAAUAUUGGUCAGAAUGUUCACCUUGAUGAUAUCUAGGUCAAGUUCGAUACUGGGUCAUGUGGGAUCAAAAACUAGGUCAGUAGGUCUAAAAAUAGAAAAACCUUGUGACCUCUCUAGAGGCCAUAUUUUUCAAUGGAUCUUCAUGAAAAUUGGUCAGAAUGUUUACCUUGAUGAUAUCUAGAUCAAGUUCGAAACUGGGUCACGUGGGGUUAAAAACUAGGUCAGUAGAUCUAAAAAUAGAAAAACCUUGUGACCUCUCUAGAGGCCAUAUUUUUCAUGAGAUCUUCAUGAAUAUUGGUCAGAAGGUUCAUCUUGAUGAUAUCUAGGUCAAGUUCGAAACUGGGUCACGUGGGGUUAAAAACUAGGUCAGUAGGUCUAAAAAUAGAAAAACCUUGUGACCACUCUAGAGGCCAUAUUUUUCAUGAGAUCUUCAUGAAAAUUGGUGAGACUGUUCAGCUUGAUGAUAUCUAGGUCAGGUUCGUAACUGGGUCAUGUGCCGUCAAAAACUAGGUCAGUAGGUCGAAAAAUAGAAAAACCUUGUGACCUUUCUAGAGGCCAUAUUUUUCACGAGAUCUUCAUGAAAAUUGGUGAGAAUAUUCACCUUGAUGAUAUCUAGGUCAAGUUCGAAAGUGGGUCACGUGCCUUCAAAAACUAGGUCAUUAGGUCAAAUAAUAGAAAAACCUUGUGACCUCUCUAGAGGCCAUAUUUUUUAAUGGAUCUUCAUGAAAAUUGGUCAGAAUUUUUUAUCUUGAUGAUAUCUAGGUCACAUGUGCUGAAAAACUAGGUCACUUUGUCAAAUAAUAGAAAUAACGACGUCAUACUCAGUUCAACACUGGGUCAUGUGGGGAUAGGUGAGCGAUUCAGGACCAUCAUGGUCCUCUUGUUUAUACUGUGUUUAUGAAAACUAAACCAACCUUUCACAAUGAGAUUUAUGAAUGCAUAGUGUACUCGGACAUCAGACGAUGUACAUGUACCAUAUUCAUUAACAUAUGAAAAUACAUAAUCAUAGUGCAAUAAAUGUGUACAUUUUAUUUGUAUAUAUUGCAAUGUUUGUUAAUAAUAUUAUAAAAAUGUGAUAAAGAAUAUAAAUUCUA